CAGACCCACAUAUUUUUUCAUCAAAUAUUGAAAUGAAAAAAAAUAUUUGUUCGCUAUUAUCUUGAGAUUUAAAACGAAUCAUAGUUAUUUCAUGAAAAAUAUCUUUUAAGACAAUUCCUUUAUUAUAAAAAGGUAUUGUCGACAAAUAAUAGUGGAUAGAAGAAGAAUAAUUUAAUUUUUCCUAUAACUAUAAGAAACAUAAAUAACACCUAAAAAAAAUAAGAAAAAUGGAUAUUUUUAUCCCAAUAUUUAUAAUUUUCACAAUUUUUGUGCUCUGUUCAAUGUGUGGAUUCUGUUGUAAGAAAAAUAACGAAGGGGCUGUGUUUUCGACUCCUGUUGUUAUAACUUCACAAACACACCAACCUGUUGGUUCUCCAACAGCGUAUCCUGUUCAAACGAAUGUCAGUCACUCAGGUUACACUCAACAACCUCCUUCUGCAAUGCCAAUGCCACAACCGUAUUCCUCACAUCCGACAAGUGCCCCUUACCCUGCGUCAUCUGCCCCUUAUCCAUCUGGAGGUCAAGCACCUUAUCCUACUGGUGGAGCUCCUUAUCCAACAUAUGGACAAGCAUCCGCUCCUUAUCCACCUCAAGCUUCGAUGGAUCCACCCCCAUACAACGAAGUAAUGGGAAGUGAAAAUCUUCAAAAACAAGCACCAUACAAUCCAGGUUAUUCUGGUUAAACUUAAAGUGACAUAAAAAGCAUAAAACAAAGAAAGAAAAGUUUGAUGUUAAAAAAGCUUAAAUAAAAAUAAAUUUGUGUCUUCUUAGUGUUAAGAUGUUGAAACCAAUCUACCUUAAUGCUUUUUGUUUCAAUAUUUGAGAAGAACCUCUUAAAGAGAUUAGUUUAUAAUGCUAAUUACUUUGAUGAAAAGCUUUAUACUUAUUCAGAACAAUUUUCAAGAUAACAAUACGCUUUGAAUUAAAAAUAUUUUAUUUUAGAUUUUACAUUCGUUCACUGAUAAAUGUUAAGUCUACAUAUGUUAAAGAAAGAAAAAACAAUAAAGAAAAGAAGAUAUUUAAAGCUUCUUUAUUAAAACAUAAGUUUUAAUGUUUCACUGCUUGCAAAUUUUUGAUAUUGAUGUUAAUUAUUUAAUAAAAAAUGUUUUAUUGAAUUUGUUUUUACACCAAA